GGCUUCCUCCUCGUAUAGCAGCUACUUGGCGAAACUGUGGGUUUUUUUCUAUCAGUUUUUUCGGUUUGUGAUUUUACUAUCUUUCAUGAUACCGAUGACGCUUCGGGUCAACCUGGAGGUGGCCAAGGUGUUUCACUCUUGGCAGAUCCAGCUGGACAAGCAAAUAAACGGCACCGUGGUGCGGAACUCGCAACGCCCGGAGGAGCUAGGGGUAAUCGAUUAUGUCCUAAGCGACAAGACCGGGACGCUGACGCGCAACGAGAUGAUUUUCCAGAAACUUCGGACUUCGGUCGGUGAGUUCACCACGCGGCAGCGUCCCGAGGACCUGGCACGCAUUCGCGAAGCCGUGCGAAAUUGCGUCUUGCUGGAGCAGCAGCAAGAAAACAAUUCGAAAGAAAAUGUGGGGUACCAGGAAGCGACAGGUACUAUCUCCCGCGGGUUCUUCGAAGGAGACGAGGACAAAGACCCUAUAUCAAGAGUCGGGGGUCCAGCUAAAAACGUCAUGCUAGAAGAAUCUCACGUGAAUCAUAAUUGCGAACGGAAUUAUCCGCAAAUAGAAGCACCUCUUCUCGGUGAACGAGAUGACGGACAAAACACCGCUCGGCGGAGAACAGCCCGACAUGAUCCAGCGUCAGCGGGAGACCACGAUCAGCACGAAAAUUUCCAUCAAUUGUGGACCACGGGAAAGGAGAUAGUACAACAAGCUCAACAGCUACCGAGAGGCUCUGGUGCCUUGGAAGAAUUAGUGUCUCUUCAGGAACUACAUCAAGACGCGCAAGAAGCGGGUGGUCGUGGCCUUUUUGACUCGUCGUCCACUAUAGCUCCUGUAGCGCCCCCGCCGCACCAAAACGUGGACGCGCGCACCGACGAGAGCAUCUUCGACGCCAUCCGCUGUCUCGCUUUGUGCCACAACGUCACUCCGCACGGGUCGGGCAGCAGCUGGGACCUGCAGGGUGCCUCCCCGGACGAGAUAGCGCUGGUCAAAUUCGCCAACAGCAGCGGCCUGAAGCUCACGCAACGCACAGACUACCAGAUCGAGGUCACUCUCACCGGCAGCGGCGACGUGCUGCGCUACAAAAUUUUGGAGUGCUUCCCCUUCACCAGCGAAACCAAGCGCAUGGGCAUUUUGGUUCAGCGGGAAAGUUGUAGUGUUGGAAAUAAUUCUUUUGCAGGACCUUCACAGAACAAACCAGAGCAGGAGCAUGGUAGUCAAACAAACGACAAUAAACGUAAUUCUAGCUGCUCGAUGGAACCGGGGUCGUCUGCUGAUGUAAAAAUGGCAACAGCUGCUGACUCGCCGAGCAGCACAGAGCAGGGUCCCGUGAUGUUCUAUUUGAAGGGGGCGGACAACGUGAUGAGCGACUUUCUGAAACGGAAACACCAGUCUUCGUGGCUGCAAGAAGAGGUGGAGAACUACGCGCGCACGGGUUUGCGCACCCUGGUACUGGCCAAAAAGCUGCUCUCGUUCAACGAGUAUUCUGAGUGGAAAAAGAAGUACGACACCGCCAAAAACGCCAUGCGGUCCCGCGAGGAGAAGAUUCGGCGUGCGGUCGACGUGCUGGAGCAGAAUCUGGACCUGGUGGCCCUGACCGGCGUGGAGGACAUGCUGACGGAGGACGUGCAGGAGACCCUGGAGGCCGUGCGGCACGCGGGGAUCAAGAUCUGGAUGCUGACCGGGGACAAGGUGGAAACCGCAAUUUGCAUCGCCAUCUCGACCAGCUUGAAGGCGCGGCACCAGAACCUGUUCGUGCUGGAGAACAAGUUUGUGGAAACCAAAGAGGUGAUGAUGAAGCUCGCGGAGUACGCCGAGCUGAAGGUGAGCAACACCGUGCUGGUGAUCGACGGGAAGGUGCUCACGGUUCUGUUGAAGCCCGAGAACGUAAAGACCUUCAUCACCACCGCGAAGCAGGCGCCCGCGAUCGUGUGCUGCCGCUGCUCGCCCACCCAAAAAGCGGACAUCGUGUUGGCGCUGGAGAAGUACGGUUCGGGCGGGGGUGGCGGUUCUGGAGCGACCGGAGGCGGUGGAGCGGGUGGCGGACGUUCUUCCCGCAACAAAAGCAGUGGGCGCGGGUCCGGUUCCGGCAGUCGGGGCGGGGGGGUUCAUCAUGGUUCAUCAUCGUCUUCUUCCGGGCCGCGGGGGCCACCAGAAGGAACUCGCGGUAACCACGCAUCUCGGACGUACGGAGGAGGCGGACGAGCGAGCAGUAUCUCCUCGUGUUGCCAGUGUCGUAACAGCAAAAACCGCGCAACCAGCUCCUCCUCUUCCGGAAUCCCGUGCCGCACGCUGGCGAUCGGCGAUGGCGGCAACGACGUCAGUAUGAUUCAGGCGGCGCACGUGGGGGUCGGCAUCCGGGGGAAGGAGGGCCAGCAGGCGUCCCUCGCGGCGGACUACUCGGUGGAAAACUUCAAGGUGCUGCGCCGGUUGCUCCUCGUCCACGGACGGCUGAACUUCCAGCGGUCCGUCCGGCUGUCCAUCCUGAUCAUCCACCGGGGGCUGGUGUUUUCCUUCCUGCAGGCACUUUUUUCCGCGCUGUUCUACUUUGUGUCCGUCCCCCUGUUCCAGGGGGUCCUGUACGUCGGCUACGCCAGUGUGUACACCAUGUUUUUGCUUUUCAGCGUCGUGUUCGACACGGAACUGCCGGAAACCACGGUGUUGCUGUACCCGGAAUUGUACUCCGGGCUGCGCGAGGAGCAACGGAUGAGCGUGAAGAUCUUCCUCCUGUGGGUGGCGGCCGCCGUCUUCAACGCGGCGGUUAUUAUCUUGUUGGCGCUGAGGUUUUUCGAGGAGGAGAUGAUCAACAUCGUGUCCAUCGUUUUCACGGCCUGCUUUCUGCUGGAGUGCCUCUUCGUGAUCUGCGAGGUGAGUGUGUGGCAUCCGCUGAUUUUGAUCGGGGAGCUGGUCAGUCUGUUGCUCGUCCUGUACACGAUGAUUUCCACCCCGCAAUUCUUUCGCUUGGACUUCAUCCUGCGCCCGGAAUUCUUUUUGCUGGUGGCGGGGAUUAUCUUCGUGGCGUGGUUUCCCAUCUACCUCAUUCGUCGCUUGGUUCGCUACUGGCAGCCCUCGCAACACAGGAAGCUGGUGUCGGCCUACAACGGGUACGAGGACCAUCACGUGUAGGAGAAAGGAAGUGAAUACUUAUGUGGUAAACUGCUGAGUAGAUGAAUCUGUUGUUGUCUGUUGAUGUAUGUAAACUGCUGGGAGCAGUCUUCGGGUUAUUUUCAAAACCGCGGAGUCGCGUGUAGAAUUUUGGAGCUUGCCGCUAAAAUAAAAGUCGUCAAUACAGUAUCCUCGAAAUACCGUUGCCGCUGCGUUGUGCUUUGAUUUGAUACUCGGGC